AUGAACACUGCUUGUGGCUGUUUUCAAAGAACAGCUGUUAAUGAUAGUGAUAUUUGUGGUUUUCUUUGGUUAACUUGUUCUCAAUUUGUUUCAUGUGGACCUCCAAACAAUGUUUGUUAUCAGCCUGGCCAUGUCUGUGUUCAACAUCCUCGAUGUUAUGCUCAUCCUAUUUGUUAUCCGUUAGCGAUGACUGAACAAAUCUGUGCACCGAUAUCAACUUCCAUUUUAUCAACGAAACCCGGUGAUGGGAUCUGUGCAAGAGCAACAUGGGCUCAAAAUGCCACGACUGUGGUUGGUGGUAAUGAUCAAGGCUCGGCUCUCAAUCAACUAAAUGGUGCCGGUGGAUUCUUUAUUGAUGUGAAUCAAACAAUCUAUGUGGCAGAUACGUUGAAUCAUCGUGUAGUUAAAUGGGAUCGUGGCGCUUCGAUUGGUCAAUUAGUAGCGGGCGGGAAUGGUUAUGGAAAUAAUAGUAAUCAACUGAAUCGUCCAUUUGACAUUGUUGUCGAUAAAGAUGGAACAAUGUACGUUACUGAUUUAUUUAAUCAACGAAUUCAGAAGUGGCCUCAAGGAGUUCAAAGAGGACAAACAGCUAUUGAAGGCAUUAAUGGUGUUGGUAUAGUACAAGACGAUGAAGGAUCAUUCUAUGUGUCUGACUGGAAAAAAUACGAAGUGAGAAAAUGGCGUGCUGGUGAAACAAUUGCUCAAGUGAUCAUUUCAACUAUGAGUUAUCCAGAUAAAUUGUUCGUGGAUCGAAAUCGAUCUGUCUAUCUGACCGAUGCGAACCAUCAUCGAGUGGUAAGAGUAGAUGAAGGAUCAACACAAAUUUCGGUUGUUGCUGGUGGUUCGGAAGAAAGUGACGAUAAAGAUCCAUUAUCAAUGCCAACUAGUGUCAUCGUAGAUGAGUUAGGUACUGUUUAUAUCACUGAUGCAGAUAAACAUCGAAUAGUACGAUGGCCACGUGGAGCAACAUCUGGCACUGUCAUCGCUGGUGGUCGCGGCUAUGGCUCACAGCCUGAUCAACUUUAUUAUCCCCCAGAUUUUCAAACAGGUUUUCCAAAACAAUUUCAAGCAACAUUAAAUAUAAGUGGAUUACGUUCUUGGGAUUCACCAUUUCUAGGUGUCAAACAAUUAUUGUAUGAUUACAAAAAUUUAAGAGCUCGUUUUGAUCUUAAAGGAUCGCGAGCGCAACAAAAUGAAACUUGGAUACUUAAAUAUAAACCCGAAGGUGCUGAAGCAGAUACACCAGCUUUGCAGGGUUAUACCAUGUUCAAUAUCAAUCCUGAUUUUCCAUACUUCACAAAAAACAAUUGUUGGUAUAGGACAGGUUCAAUGGUUGAUAUAGGCCCAUUCCCAGUCAAAUGGUUACAUGGCGUAGAAGGUACUAUCGAAAUUUACCCAUGGCUUCCUUUACCACCAAAUCUUAUUAACAAGGGUGAAGAAUGGAUACCAGAAGUUCAACUAAAUGCAACGAGAUAUGAUUCACCUGAAAUAUGCAAUUUAAUACAUUCUCGUAUUGGUAAAGUUCCAUGUUUAAGUUAUUUUGAAACAAAAAAUAGACCAGUCAAAACCAUUCAGGCACGCCCUUCUCCUCCCGAAUCUUUCGAUAGUGAUGAAUACCUAACUACAGUUUACCUAUCAUUUACAAAUGGUAUUCCAUCACAAGCUGAACAUUUGUUUGACUUACCUAAACAAUGGCCUUCUUAUUGUGGCAAUGCAAAUGCAGAAUUCACUCUGGAACCGUCCCAAGCUUAUGUGGUAACUCCACAUGAUCAUGAUCAUUUUACAAUAAAAUUGCAAACACCACCAGUUCAUGCACCUAGUGACCAAGUCAACGUUGAAUUUAAGGUACAACCAUCAGGGAUCUACAAUGGUACGCGAUGUACUAAAUUCAAUACACUUUAUUUCGAUAAAGAGAAUUGGCAAGUACCACAACAAGUCGACAUGCCUUUUGUUGAUUACGGUUGUUGCAUAUACAAAAUUAAUGCAAGUGGUGGUGGAUAUGAUUGGCAAUAUGUAGGAUCAUCAUUUUUUGUUUUUGGAUCACAGUUGUUGUACAGAACAGAUCCAAUGGGUGGCAUAGGUCCAUUGUCGGAGAACUGGUUCUAUAGAUCACAAGAUCAUACUGAAAUUCAACCGUGGCUUCCAUUACCAUCAAAUCUUACUAAAAAGGGUGAAGAAUGGAUACCAGAACUGCAACUACAUGCAACGACGGGUGCUGCCGCUAUUCUGUCUCAUUUCAACGCAAGCGAUGGUUUCAACAGUAAUUCGCUGUUUCGUAUUCGUUCUAUUCAGCCUUACAGAUGUGUUCAUCAUCCUCGAUGUCAUAAUCUGCCUGUUUGUUAUCCAGUCCCACGUUUCAAUAAACAACUCUGUCCACCGAUAGCAAUGGCGAACACUACAACUACAAUAACUAUGCAGCAGAUAGGUAUAAGCAUUCAAUUAAUGCUUGUUGAUCUUGACAAAUUCUAA